CCAAAGCACAGGCAAAAAGCGCCAGCCGGUGAUGGUUAAAUUUUCAGUAUAAAAACUUUGCCAAUGUCGAUUUAAAAGCAAUUUCCAAGUACGCCCGCGUCGCCCCAAGGAUUGUGCCCCCAGGACCGAGUGGGGCGUUCCACAGAGUCACUCAAUCAGGAGUUGUUACGCCCGUAAUUCGCAUUCACCCCGUUCUAUUUGCCCCGCAUGACGUAGUUUUCGGCCAAAAGUGAAACCACGGAGCACCCCCAACAAUAGCAAAACAACCGAUAGGGAUCUAAGGUCUGAUAGUGACGCAGCGCGCCGUUGCAGGAUGCUGAUGCGCGGCGUGCAGAUCCUGCAGCGAAGACACCAGCAGCUUGGAAGGGCCUUCGGCCAGUGCUCCUUGCGCCACGAUGCCGGAAAUCCCUGGCGGCGGAAUGAUGCUCAACCGCAUCCCAGGAUGCGACCCGGCAUGUUACUCCAGUUUCGCUGCUCUGCCGGUGGCAGUGAUUCCAAGAAAAAGGAGCCAGCGCUGCUGGAGGAGACUCCCGCUAAGGAGAAGCAAACGAAAAACUUUGAGGUAAAGACGUCCAAGGGCAUCCUGUCCAUCAGCACCACCAUCGAGGACUCCAAGAUCAACGAGAUCGUGUUCGAGAAAUCCGAUCUGCCGCCGGUGACCAAGCUGAAGGAACCGGCCUUGGCCGCCGCUGCCAUCAACCUGCGAGCCAGCUCCACUGCAGCGGGAGCUCCACUGGGAGGAGUUGGUUCUCAUAUGAAUCCUGCUGAAACUAUGCCAGCCACAGCACCUGCUCCGACUGCAAUAGCUUUGGCUGCAGCUGUGCUAGCUGAAAAGACAGGAGAGUUGGCUCCUACAACGGAGCCGCCGCCUGUGCUGCCUCCCAAGCGACCUCGAUUCGAUUAUCGCGCCUCCCUGGAGCGCAACUUUGUGACGCCCAAUCGGGCCAUUAGUGAUUUCCUGCUGACCGCUGCAGACCUUGAAAGUCUGCCCAAAAUCAAGCGGAGAUCGCCGUACGAGCAGGAGCCACCCAUGACAGUCUACUGGCGACGCGAUGUGGAGGCCAAGGCCGUCGAGGUGUGGGGCUCCAAGGAGAACCUGCUGCGGGAGCGACUUAAGCGAGAGGUAGAGCGCAAGCAGUACCAGCAGAAUCUUUUCACUGUCAAGCGGCGGCUGCGCGACUACCGCAGGGAGAUGGGUUCCCGCACCAAAGUGAUGCUCGACAACCGCAAGGAGUCGGAGAAAUCCGGACAAGUGGUGGGCAUUGCCAUUGCCAUCAAUGCGGCCAAUUUGCUUUUCAAGGCUGGCGGUUGGCUGUACAGCGGUUCCCACAGCAUGUUUGCGGAGGUUAUCCAUUCGCUGGCCGACUUGAUCAACCAGCUCAUCCUGGCCUUUGGCAUCUACAAGUCCUCCCAAAGUCCGGACAUCGAUCAUCCUUACGGAUACAUGAACAUGCGAUAUGUUUCUUCACUGAUCUCUGGCGUGGGCAUCUUCUGCGUUGGAUGUGGUCUGUCCAUCUACCACGGUAUUGACGGCAUUCUCCAUCCGGAACCCAUCGCAGAUCUGUUUUGGGUGUACUGCAUCCUGAUGGGAUCGCUGGUUUCGGAGGGAGCCACUCUGGUGGUGGCCAUCAACGAGCUUAAGCGAUCGGCCAAGGAGAACAACAUGACCUUCAAGGACUAUGUUAUUUCUGGCAAGGAUCCCUGCGUUAAUGUGGUGCUUUGCGAGGACGCUGCUGCUGUGACUGGCGUUAUGGUGGCUGGAGCUUGCAUGGGAUUGAGCAGCUACACAGGAUCCCCCAUCUUUGAUGCCGCUGGAUCCUUGGUCAUUGGUGCUCUUUUGGGUGCCGUGGCCUCCUUUAUCAUUUACACAAACGCUAAUGCCCUGGUGGGGAUAUCUAUUGCUUCCGAGCGUCUGGAGAAGAUUAAUUCUGCUCUGGAGGCCGAUGUGAUGAUCAGGGCGAUCUACGAUGUCAAGGGCAUCGAUAUUGGCAACGCUCGAGUCCGCUACAAGGCUGAGCUCGACUUUGACGGUCGCGAGCUGACGCGUUCGUAUCUGGACAAACAGGAUCUCGCCAAGCUGCUCACGACGGUGCGAGGCUUCCAAAAGGUUGAGGAUCUGGAGGGCUUUCUGCUCGAUCAAGGCGAAAACAUUGUGGACCUGAUGGGCGGUGAAAUUGAUCGCAUUGAGAUGAAUCUGCGGACGCAAUUCCCAGAAAUACGUCACGUGGACCUGGAAAUACUCUAAACGCCCUCCAUUCGCCUGGGGGCCUGUUAAAAACAUAAAGCAUUGGGUGAUUUGGUUGCUUUCUAUAAGAAAUUAUUGCCUGUCUAGCCUAUAUUUAUUUCCCAUUGUGUACUUUUAGAUGUAACUUUAAAGCUAAGCAUUAAAAGUGUAAUGCCGCGGGCUUGACAGGAGCCCGGUGGUUCGAAGGAA